AUGAAUGUCGAAACCGACAUCAUUACAUUGACCAGAUUCAUCUUGCAAGAACAGCAAAAGUUGGCUCCAGCCGCCACCGGUGAAUUGUCCUUGUUGUUGAACUCCUUACAGUUUGCCUUCAAAUUCAUCGCCCACAACAUCCGUCGUGCUGAAUUGGUUAACUUGAUUGGUAUUUCAGGUACGGCCAAUUCUACUGGAGAUGUUCAAAAAAAGUUGGAUGUCAUUGGUGACGAGAUUUUCAUCAACGCCAUGAAGUCCUCCAACAACGUCAAGGUAUUGGUUUCGGAAGAACAAGAAGAUUUAAUUAUCUUUGAAGGCGGUGGUCGUUAUGCCGUGUGUACCGAUCCUAUCGAUGGUUCUUCCAAUAUCGAUGCUGGUGUCUCUGUCGGUACCAUUUUCGGGAUCUACAGAUUGAAGGACGAUUCCAAGGGUUCUAUUAAUGAUGUGUUGAGAAAAGGUACGGAAAUGGUUGCUGCUGGUUACACCAUGUACGGUGCCUCGGCCCACUUGAUGUUGACUACAGGCCAUGGAGUCAAUGGUUUCACCUUAGAUACCCAAUUGGGAGAGUUUAUCUUGACUUCGCCAAACUUGAGCAUUCCAAAGAGCAGAGCAAUUUACUCCGUUAACGAAGGUAACUCAUACUACUGGCCUGAAUACAUCAAGAAGUACAUCGAGGACUUAAAAAAGCCCCAGGACGACUUGAAGGGCAAGCCUUACUCUGCCAGAUAUGUCGGAUCCAUGGUUGCCGAUAUCCACAGAACCUUGUUGUAUGGGGGUAUAUUCGCCUAUCCUGCUGACACCAAGUCCAAGAACGGAAAGUUGAGAAUUUUGUACGAAUGUUUCCCUAUGGCCAUGUUGAUGGAACAGGCUGGCGGUUCCGCUGUCAACGACAAGGGUGAGAGAAUCUUGGACAUCUUGCCAAAGGGCAUCCACGACAAGAGUGGAAUCUGGUUGGGUUCCCAAGGAGAAAUCGACAAAUUCCUUACAUAUCUCCCAUAA